AUGUUGUUUGCUGACUUAGUGGUGGAGAUGGCAGCAUUUCUCCGCAGUAGAAGCAUCUCCUUACGACUCUGUGGGGCUGUAGCCGAUCAAUCCUACGCAUCCUUGGUAAAAUCCAGGAUAGCUGAGGCAGAAGUACAGGUCGAAUACUGGGGAGGGUUUAGCUCAACUGACAAGCUGAUGGAGGCGUUUCAGACAAGCUUGCUGAACAUUCACCCAUCACUUCAUGAUGCAUUCGGUAUGACUGUUGUUGAAGCAGCGGCUGUUGCCACACCCAGCUUAAUCCAUGAUGAUAUUGCUGUUGGCGUCAGCGAGGUCUUCUCCCAUGGUGAGGUGUUCCGAGUCAACCUCUCAGCGCCAAUCAAACAGGUGGCUGAGGUGGUCCAGCGCUUGCUGUCUAGGCGUGUACACCUGGCCAGCGUGGGACGGCGUGCUCAGCACCAGGCCUUGACGUUCACGCAGACUGCGUAUCAACUGUCCUUGAGCGAGAUCAUCAAUCGAGUGAAUGCUGUGUAAUAAUUUGCCCCUUGAAAUUGAAUACAGCGCUUUUCGGUGGCAUCGUGCUUCGACCGUGUGGAUAGCAGUCAUGGCUGCAAUGACAGCCAUCUUGGAGCAGGGCAUCCAUGGCGAUCAGCAAACUCGUGUGUAGUCCAUACCAGUUACAUUGUGUUCCGAGGUGUGAAACUCAAUGCAUUGGCACCACUUCGACGCAUGGGAUUGGGGAUGACUGUUUCCAGUGCAUUCAGUGUAUCAUUAUGCAAUGUACCAGUACUUCUCGAGAGCAUUCGGGGAUCCAGGUAAAACAUCGCACCGAAACCUUUUGCUGGUGGCUUCUUCUUUUUAAUAAGCUUUUAGCUGUUUGAGAUGAGAAAUUUAUGUUUUGUAUUGUACAGAAGAAUAAUAAUACAACGCUUUUUUCCAAGCUUGACGCCACACCUGCUUCAGAUUUACGACAGUUAUCCAUAGCUGAGCUGAGCGAGUAUUUAUCAAAAUCAUAAUUAUCAUUAUUAUUAUUUUUAUUCGGGAGAAUGAAAU